AUGCGACGUGCGGCUCUUCAGGCUUUCCGUACUGCUCGCCGUGCACCAGUAUGGAAAGUCACUACUAGGAAACCGUCUUCAGUGUCGUUCUCAAGCACUCGGCCAUUCGGCCUUCGCCCGUCGUCCGCCGGUCACUAUCCGCCCUUUAUUUCUGCACCGCUGCAGUCCUCGAUGCAUUUGCGCAGGUUAUCCAUUGCAGUGAUAUCCACCGUGGUUGCUUCUGGAGCCUGGUACGCUUAUCAGGGCAACACGUCGGCACCCACCCCAGUGGCAGGUCUUAACGCCACAUCUCCAUCGCAGCUACGCUCGAUCGCGACGUCCGGUGCACAUGCUGAGGGCUCCUCCGAACCAACCCGCCGAGCUCUUCUGGUAGAUAAUGAUCAGUUCUACACCGCCACCCUCUCAGGAGAACAGCCUCUUUUCAAGCAGACCGACGAUUCCGACCGACGAGUGCUCGAGAUGCUGACGCCGGAGCAAGCCACCCAGAAGUUGAGGAAGAACGAGGAGUCGUACCUGGUGAACCGGGGCAAGGGAGUUGUCCGUUACGACGUGGUCCAGGUCCCCAGCAAUUCCCCCAUUGAGGAUGACCAUGCUGAAAAGAUUGUUGAGGUGCCUUCGACUGUCGCGGCGGUCAAGGAAGGUGAAGCCAACAGUGAUUGGAUGUUUUGGGCGAUAUUUGAUGGGCAUUCUGGCUGGACAACCUCAGCGAAGCUACGCAACGUUCUGAUCUCCUACGUAGCCCGGGAAUUGAAUUCGACCUAUAAAGCUGCUGCCACCGAUCCUUCCAUUCUCUCCCCUACCUCCAGCGCCGUGGACGCCGCCAUCAAGCAAGGCUUCGUUCGCCUCGACAACGAUAUCGUGUACGACAGUGUCAACAAGGUGCUCAAGUCCAACUCGCGGCGAAUGGCGGCUGAGACGCUUGCCCCCGCUUUGUCUGGUUCCUGUGCCCUUCUUGCUUUUUACGAUUCACAAUCACAGGACUUGAAGGUGGCCUGUGCCGGUGACUCCAGAGCUGUCUUGGGCCGUCGUGGUCCAAACGGAAAGUGGGCGGCAACAGCGCUCUCUGAAGAUCAGACCGGCGGCACGCCCUCUGAGAUGAAACGUCUACGAGAAGAGCAUCCUGGCGAACCCAACGUGGUACGGAACGGACGAAUUCUGGGCCAGCUUGAGCCUAGCCGUUCUUUCGGUGAUGCAUUCUACAAAUGGAGCAGAGAGACGCAGGAAAAGAUCAAGCGACAGUUCUUUGGACGGACCCCUCACCGGCUUCUGAAGACGCCUCCGUAUGUCACUGCCGAACCCAUCAUCACGACCACCAAAGUCGAGCCCAGCAAAGGUGAUUUCGUCGUUAUUGCUACCGACGGUCUCUGGGAGAUGCUGAGCAACGAGGAGGUGGUUGGACUGGUCGGACAGUGGAUUGAACAACAGAAGCUUGGCGCUAUGGACGGAACCAACAAGGGCUGGCUACAGGGCUGGCUGGGAUUUGAGAACAAGCAGCUGCCCGUGGAAUCAUUGAAGGAGACGGGGACGGAAGGCCAACGUCGCCCUAUUCGUCAGCAACAGUACGAUAUCUCAGGUGCCGCUAGUCGUUUCACCGUGGAAGACAAGAAUGCUGCCACUCAUCUCGUCCGCAACGCUAUGGGCGGCAAGGAUAGGGACAUGGUUUGCGCUCUCUUGACCCUUCCGAGCCCAUAUUCUCGAAGAUAUCGGGAUGACGUAACUGUCGAAGUGAUCUUCUUCGGUGAAGGCCCCGACACGCGCAGUAUCUCGAUCAAUGAGGAAGCCAGUGCGUCAGAGGAAAACGUCAAGGCCAAACUGUGA